UGUACUUUAGUUCACCACGGAAUUUGCUUUAGUACGGAUGUUCAACAGAAUGCAUUCGAGCUUUGUGGUGUUUUUUGUGUGGUUUCUGUUUCCAAGAGAUCAUUCUUUGGGUAGUGCAGAAAAUAACUUUCCACAGUCAGGUUCGAAUCAGAUCUUGGUGGCACAGUGCAACGGAUAUUGUGAUGAACUCAAUAAUAAAAUUCGUUCAUUGGAAGACACAGUGAAGGAAUUGCAAAGCCGGUUAGAAAAUUCGAAAUCUCAAACAAAUCUCGGAGAAAAUCUAUCAGACACUUGCCCCAGUGGCAGUCCAAGCGGUAUGUACCAAAUGAAGGUGCCGGGAGUAGAGCCUUUCCAAGUGACCCAGUGCAAAUCGGCAGCAGCCGGUUGGACAGUCAUUCAAAGACGACUUGAUGGAAGCGUUAGUUUCAACCAAUCCUGGACUAAUUACAAAAAUGGAUUCGGGAAUGAGAGAGGAGAGUUUUUUAUCGGCCUCCAAAAGCUUCACUUGAUGACUGCAGAACAACCACAUGAUCUUUUCAUUCAACUAAAGCACUUUAAUGGCGACACAGUGUAUGCUCACUUCGACGACUUCAAAGUGGGCAGUGAAAAGGAAUUAUAUAAGCUGGAAAGGCUGGGACAAUUUUCUGGAACAGCUGGAGACUCUCUUAAAUACCACAAAGAUAAGAAGUUCUCGACUUUCGAUAAUGAUAAUGAUGACUCUAGAAAAAAUUGCGCAGCCGAGCAUGGCGGUGGUUGGUGGUAUCAUAAUUGUCUGUCAAGCUCGCUCAAUGGAUUGUAUUUUAAAGAAGGAGAAACAUACACUCUUAAUGGCAUUCAUUGGGGUAACUGGAAAUAUUACUCAUUUACUUUUGUUCAAAUGAUGAUUAGGCCGAAAUUCUUUUAGGUUGAUGUUGUAAAAUAAAUAUGUAAUAAACAAUUGUGC